AUGGCAAACUCAGUCUACAAGGAUUACAUCAAUCUCCCAGCGCAUACGGAUCUGCUGUCGAAGAUCUUGAACUUGGGGAUCAGCAUGUUUCCCAUGCCUGUUCCACAACAGGUUGACCCCAAUUUACGUACCAAAGAUUUGAUAGAAACAGCAAAGACGUGGGAGACGAGCGAAAAGCGCAGGUAUUUCUUGGCUAGCUUGCAUGAAGCAUGGAUGGCAACACCUGUCAAGAACAUUCGAAAGAUCGUCGCCUUUGGACUUGGUCCAUUAUACACCGAGGAGGCGGAAGCUUCCCCCGAUGACCUUGGUCGGUAUGAUCUGGGGUUGAACAAGUACCACACACUUCUCGUGUUCGACAUGGCGCAUAUGUUAGCCAACAAAUUCAAAAAUCCGGUCCCAAUCAUCUUUCAAGACGUAAACUGCAACCAGCAAGACCGCGACUGGCUAGCCGAAUAUGCGAAACACAAAGACAUCGAAAUGCGCUUCCUAGAAGACCCUCAUGCGCUACUUGAAGUAGACAAAUAUACGUUGGUACUCGCACAUGGCUUACCGGGUUUCAACGUACGCUCGGUCAUCGUGGAUAUUACCAAGAGAGAAGGGGGCCCGGCUGGCUUCUUCUGCGAAAACAUCCCCCAGUUUACUACGACUGAAGAGGAGCUGAAAGCGGCGACGCAGUUCCCAGUGGAUCCGCCGAGUCGGCGUAUUGAUUCUAUGGUGGAAUAUUACGGGAUGAGGAGUAUGUGUGGUAUACAUGAAUGGCAGGUAGAGCUUUACUUAAAACCUCAGAAGGUCUAG